AGAAUAUUAUAAUCUUUCGACUAUGAAUAUCAGCAAAAGUGUUAAAUUUUGAUUAAUAUACUCUUUUUUGAGUUUUUUAUUAAAUGAAUGAGAAUUUACUUUAUAUUCAUAUUGUUAAACGAUAUAAAUGAAUAUUUUCGUGUAAUCUAAUUACUUGGACUUAAGAAAGUAAAAUGGCUGUUGAGUCUUUGCAUGUUGGAGACUUUAUUUGCUUGUAUUCAGAAGAUUCUCACGGAUUUGUAUAUUCGUAUCUUUCAAGUUCUAUUCAUACGGAUAUUGCCGUUAAAUCAGGACAGGAUAGACAAAAUCCUGUCGCCGUUGAUCCAGCGUCUGUUACGUUCGAAAUAUGUGUUGUGAAUCGAUAUAAAUUUGACAAGAAGUUUAGGAAGGCAAAAUAUGAGUCCAUCUCGAAUGAAAAACUUGCUCAAUUACAACUGGCAGCUGAAGCUGAAUCGGAUGAUAACGAAAAUGAGAAAAAGAGACAAUUUGGUAGAAAAGUCCUUUAUGGACAAACGAUACAACUAAGACACUUGUUUACUCAAAAGUUCAUACAUAGUAGUACAGAAACAACGGCUACAACAAAAUCUGGAAGUAUGAAAGUAUUUCUAUCAGAGUAUAAUGCUAAAAAUGCUCAAUUUAAAAUCAUGCCAAGAUAUAAAGUAAAAGCUGAAGGCGAUAUUGUGCAAGUUGAAGAUCAAAUUGUUUUCGAGUCUGUAAAAACGCCUGGACAAUAUCUUCAUGUUAGCAAGUCUAAAUUACCAUCAAGAUCAGUUUAUAAAGAUAGUUUAGAAUUGAACUUAUCAGUUAAACAAUCUGGAUUUAGACUCUUAAGACGUUAUAAGCCUUCAAAAGAAAUGACAAAUUUUUUAAAGUCUGGUCAUUUCGUGAGAUUUUUUCAUAAAGAAAUAGAAGCAUACCUAUGUGCAUCAGGACUACUAACGGGAGAAAUAGCAGAUGACGUUCACCUAAGGAUUAGACCUGUAGAUCAAAAUAUACCAAAAACAUUAUUUCCAUCAACGUCGGCAAUAACAUAUUGGCAGGUUGAAUUAUUAUCAAGUAAUCUAGAUGGAUCAGAAGUCAAAUGGCAUCAGCAAUGCCGUUUAAAACAUGUCUGUACAAGACUCUAUCUACUGGUGAAUCAUGAAAGUGUCUCUUUAACUAAAGACGCCAAUAAUCCUAACACUGUAUUCAAAUUACAUCCAGUUAUUCAAGAACAUGAUAACAUUGAAUAUGAGACUUAUUGCCGAAUUGAGCAUGUAGUUAGCGGGUAUUGGCUACACGCCAGUUUGGAUGACUUUGUCGAUUCUAAAACUUCAAAGGUUAUUGGUUAUGGUGAAAAUUCAAUGGAUAGUUUAAAAUGGACAACUGCAUGUUUAAAAACAAUCGGAGCAAUUAAAGAAAUGCAAUACGACGACGCUUUCACGUUACAGAAAGUUGAGAAUAUCGAUUGUAGAAAUUUCUAUUACGCUGCUGGUAUUGUACCAGUCUUGUUAAAGUUAAUUGAAAUGAAAACAUCCGGUUUGUUUAUAACGGAAAGUGAAUGCAAUGAGAUUGUAUCGGCAAUAAAUGAAUUAGAAGAUUUUUUAAUUGUCAACUCGGAACCCGAUAAGAAUAGACAAAAACUGAUGAGGAAUUUAAUGAUUGUUGAAUUAGUUGUUCAAAUUCUACAAUUUCCCAAUAGAGGAAACAAAGAUUCUGUUUUUAUGACAAACAUAUGUGUUGAAUGCUAUAAUCUUUUAUAUACCUAUUUAAUGGGCAAUAGUAGAAAGAAUGAACUAUAUAUAGCAAAAUACAUACACUUUUUUAAAACUCAAAUCUCAGUUGGGGGAGAAGUUGGAUUAAGCGCUACUCAGAUGGUUAUGGAGCUAAUAAGAGACAAUAGAAAGAUAGUUGAUAGAAUAAAUAAGGAACAUAUCGAUGAAUUUGUUGAUUUACUUAAAGUGAAAAAGAAUUAUCAUUAUUUAGAUUUGUUAAGUGUACUAUGCGUUUGUGAUGGAGUAUCUAUUCCUGAAAAUCAGUCGUAUAUUGCUCAGAAGUGGUUAAAGGAUGGUGACAGGAGUUGUGUCUAUUUAACGGAACUAGGUGAAAAGAUAGGAAAAACUCCAAAGGUUGUCUACGUAGCAACAAAAAAGCAUAAUUGGAAACCCCUCCAGGAGUUUAUGGAAACAGCUGGCAAAGAUGAAACAUUAUUUUUGGAACAUCAGCUUGAUCUUUUCGAAAAUCUUUGUCAUGGAAGAAACCCUAUCCCAAUUAAUAUUAUAGCUAACGACUUAUGCUACCUGACUUGGGAAGAGGCUUAUCUCUGUCUAAGUGAUGAAAUGCUACCUGAUCAAUUAAGAGCUCAGUACUGUAAUUUAAUAAUAAGUUUAUUUAUUGACAUUGACAAAAAUUCAGCGGUCAUGGAGAGAAUUAAUUUAACUUUCUCCUAUGAUGAAUUAGAUGAAGAUGAAGUUUUGAAUCAUGAUGAUCUGCCUACUAGUGGAACAGAACACUUUAAAGAACUACAUGUCUGGCUUUCAAAAUUUUUUGAUGAUAACAAAGACAUGACUGCCUCUGAUAUCGGUCAUAAUGUUCUUAUUGAACAGGUUCUGCGAUUAGUGCACUACCUUAUAAGCCUUGGAUUUUAUAGAUAUAGAGACGAUAUUCGAGCAUUGCUUCCCCCAUUUUUUAAUCUUUUAGAUGGUAGAAACGAUAAGCCAUACAAAUCCAAAGAUAAAAUAUCGAGCGAAGUAAUGAAACAUUACCGAACUAUUGACAGAUACAAACAAAGUCGCGAAGGAAAAGCAAUCGUUGACGCAAAAGUUCAAGCCAUAAGAGUCCUAGAUCUUGUAUUUAAUUACCGUUUCGAAUCAAAAUUAAAGAGAUUCAUAAGAGAAUUCAAAUUGAUCUACGAAGAAUCAAAUAAACCUGAUUGUUCACCUACUUUAGGCCAGUUACUCACAAGAGAGUUUAAACCAAGUCCAAGUUUAUCAUCAACAGCAAUGAAGAGACUUAAGGAAAUGUCAGCAAAAUCUGGCUUAUUCGCAGGACUUAAUAUCGACUUUAUAGAUAUAUUCAAAGAUUUAUCAUUAUAUGAAUACGAUACUAUGGUUACAGGAUCAAUGAGUCUUAUAAAUAGAUUUUUUACGAGUAACGAAAACUUAUUUCAAAGAGCUAUUCAAGCUCAAAUCCUAAUAAACGACGAAUCGUCAAGGGUUCAAAAAGAGAUACAUAAAUUACUACCAAUUAUGAACCGAUUAACCACUAUUAAAAUGUCUUCCGAGCAAAUUGAACAAAUGAUUGAAAUUCUUGAUGAAUUUAGAAAAUUUUGUUCACUUGAAAACGAACCGGAAGAACCUCAUCCAAUGAAUCAGGCUAUAUUAUACAAUCAUAGUAUCAUUUCAAGUUGCUUUGCCAUAUUUUCUCUACCAUUAGAUUUCGAUUUGAAAGAUCAGUAUUCUGGAAUGAGACGAGUUUUAGCUCAUACCUUCCUUUUAUUAAAGCAUUUAACAAGAUCGAAUAAAACUGUACAGGAAAGGCUAUUUAAUAGAUUAGAUAUAUUAUUAACAGUCGAAGGAGCAGAGCCUGAACUUGGUGAGGCACUAGUAGAGGUGUUUACGGGAAAUAAAGAUACUUGUAUGAAUGUUCUCCCUCAACAUAUUCAAAAGUUAAUGCAUCUUGUUGCUAAGCAUAAAUCGAAAGCACCUCAAUUUUUGGACGUACUUAAUGCAUUGGUAAAAGUUGAAGAAUUAGAUUUACCUCUGAAACGCAAUCAAGCGUACGUAAUGAAAUAUUUCAUGCAAUUCAGAACAGAUAUUGCAUUUGUUAUUGAUCAACCUGUUGAAAAACGUAAUAACCUAUUAAAAUCUACAAAUGAGGAAGCAGACUAUCUAGCAUCUCUUGUUGAUCUAUUGGCAACUUGUGCAGAAGGAGAAAAUCAGUCUAUUGAAACUCAAUGCCAAACUAUCUUUACUAUAAAUGAACUAUUAGAUGUACUAAAUAAAACAGACAUAGAUAAUCAUCUAAAAAGACCAUAUUUAAGAUUCCUUUUAUGGGUUUAUCUUAAUACAGCUGGAGGAGGAAUAGAUUCGGCACCCAACGAAAUUAAUCAUAACAAGAACAUGUGGACGUUUAUAGAACAAUUAUCGAAACACUUUCAAACAACUGCAAAAUACGCCGAGGAUAACCCAGAAGCUGUAAUACAUUUACUAAAGAAAGCUCCAACUAAUUCCGUUGAACACUCGGAAAAAGAACAUGGAGGAGAUAUUUCUCAUCACAGUACUCUACACUUUCUAUUUGACGCGGCCCUACCUUUCCUGCAAGUUUUCUUUAGCAUUCACUAUCAAAUAGAUAAAGAAAACUAUUCAAAUGAAGAAACUAUUGUUCAAACUCUAGGCGAGUCUUUAAUGUACUUUACUAGAAAAACAGUUGAUCUAAUAUCGAAUCCAACGCAUAUGAAUCAUCUUGUUUAUUGUAUGAGGUCUGUUUUAAGUCAACUUUCCAAUAUACCUUCCGCUGUUAUGGAAGAAUUUAAAGAAAUAUUUGCAAAAAGUGGUAAUGUUCAAUGCCUAAAAUCCGAAAGUAGGAAGCAAUAUGACGAAGAUUACCAACACGAAGAAGAGAUAAACACCCUUUUAAAUACAUUUUCAAAAAAUUUUGCAAUAAUAUAUGGCGGAGAGAACACCGUGCGAGCUCAAACGGGUUAUCCGUCCGACGAAUAUUACUUUGACCCCGAAGGUGACGAGAUACUACCUCUAGGUCAAGAAUUUCAAGAUCACCUUAGUGUUUUCAUAGACGAAAAGGAGAAAGUAAUUGAUAAACGCUACGCUCUAGCAAGAAAGCUUGUCCAGCAGUUAGAGAUAUCAUCUACAACUCAUCACGUGAAUGAAAGAGAUAUUGUUAUUCAAGAAAAAUUGGAUGUAAAAUGUAUUAAACUAAUUAGGGGUUUAAUUCACAACGAAAUAGUUAAACUACCUCCAGAUUGGUUAAAUACGCCUAAAUUACAUACAAAAGCAUUAAAAAUGAUUGAAGAUGUCCAAAAUUCAUUAAACUCUUAUAAUGCAAUACUUCCCGUUCUUUCCCAUUUGGCAAAGAAUAAUUCAGAAAUUAUAAGAGAAGUUUUAGCCUUUCAGGCAACAAUGUUAUUCGGUGGUAAUGAAAGGGUUCAACACAGUUUAAUAGAUUACUUCCUGGGGACUAGAGAAGAAAAAUUCUUCCAGGCAAUUAAGAAUCGAAUGCAGUAUUCCAGUAUUGCAAUAAAGGAAAAGAGAUCUCUAAUGGCCCAGCAUCAAGAAAAGAUCAGAAUUAAUGUCGAUCAAGCCAAAGCUCUUAAAAAGGCCAUGCAACAGGGUAAAGCAAUGGAAUUACAAGGGCCAAUGGGUAAUGGUAUUGUGGGAUCUGGAAAAUCACAAGCCAGGAUAAUGUUAGGUUCUAGAGCCUUAGGAUCAAGAGCAAAAUUAGGUUCUAGAGCUUUGGGAUCCAGGAUGAAUCUGGCCUCUUCAAGAUUAAACAUUUCUCCUAGCCCCUAUUCCUAUAGUAAGAAUUUGGGACGAAGUAAUGGUAAGAUUAUUAAUAUUAAAUCAACGUCAAACGGUAGUAUUUUGGGAAAUAAUAAAGAUUUAGAAAACACUAAAAUAUCCUUUGAGAAUAAUUCGAGGAGUUCAUCAGUCAAAAAGAAUCAAGUUGUGCCCAUUAAAACUUCGAAUGAGAUGACUGAUGAGGAAUUAGAGGCUAUGGUUAAAGAAUCCCUAGGUGACGUUGGAGAUAUGGAAUAUAAGGAUGAUGGUUAUAUAAACCUAGUAUUAAAACUGUUAGGUUUAAUGUGUGACGGUCAGAAUACUACUCUUCAAGAUUAUCUAAGAGAACAACCUGAUAACAUCAAAUCUGUCAAUCUUAUAUCAGAAACAGCUAGAUUUCUAAGUCUCUUAUAUUCUUCGAUCGACUCUCACAGUAUAGGCCUAGUAACAGAACUACUUGGUACUCUCGUUGAAUUUACAUCCGGAAAUGCGACGAAUCAAACAGUUGUAUUCGAUAAUAAAAUAAUAGAUUACAUAAAUUUCAUUCUUCGUGGAGCCCAAUUUCAAACAUGCGAUGAUGAGAGCAUAAGGGGAUUGAAAAUGGCGGUCAUAAAUUUAUUAGUAUCUUUAGUUGAAGAACGAAAUAGUGGAGGUCAUGGAGUUGCUUAUGAUGUUGCCGAAGCAAUAGACUUUGACAGUAUAUUUCUAAUAUGUAUCGAAUGCUAUCAGAGAAGGAAAGAAGAACAAGUUCUCGAUUUAGGCUUUAAGUAUUUCCAUUUCUUAUUGAAAGUAUGCGAAAUAGAAGAGAAAACUUAUAAAUACAAACCAGAGAAUGAAGAGAUAUGGAAAUUUUACAAUUCAGUGACGUUAAGCAUUGAAAUAUUAAAAGAUAAUCAACUGCAAAAGGUAUACUUCAGAGUAAAAGAUAGAAGUGUUCUUCGAGAUGAUGUUAAGGAAAAAUUUAAAUACGAGGUUGACCGUUCAUCUCCCAGUAAUAAAUUAAGAGAUUUUAUGGAGUGGAGCAAAGAUAUCAUUAGAGAUAUUAAAUAUACAAGAAAAGUGCUUAGUAAUCCAUUUUCUCGUUUCUUUGUAAAGUUUUGGUAUCCAUUUAAUAUGUUAAUGAUCUUUAUAUCACUAAUCAUCUUUAUAACAAUAAUGAUAACUUGGAAAGCCCCCCAGAGUGGUUCAACGAUUAAACCUGAUUAUCGUUAUGAUUUUACUCCAAUCAUAAUUUACAUUUUUGGCGGACUUCAUAAUGCUGUUACUUUGUGCGUGACUAUUUCGUAUUUUAUUACAAACUCACCAAAAUUACCCAAUAUCGGUAAAUUUAUAAGAAAAUAUAAGUCAUCAGAUAAAGAAGAUAUAGAGGAGGAAGAAGAGGAGGUAGAGGGAAACCUUCGUGUUAACUUUUUGUCAUUUGAAACUCUCUGGUAUAUCGGUCUUUUCAUAUUUUCUAUUUUAGGAACAAUAUUCUGGGGAUAUUUUUUCUCAUUUCAUUUGUUGCACGUUGCUCAAUUCAACCAAAUGUUAAAAAGGGCUAUAAAAGCGGUUACUCUGAAUGGCUAUUCAAUGCUUUGGGUAUUCUUAUUCGGAUUAGUUUUCAUAUAUAUAUACGCCCUUAUAUCUUUUGCUGCCUUUAGAGACUUAUAUCCAGGAAAGAAUGGUCUAUUUUGCAGUACUAUGUACGAGUGUGCUAUAACAGUUUUGCAUCACGGCUUCAUUACUGGAGCUUACGAAUAUCUACAAAUUCCUGAAGAUAAAAACUUUACAUAUUAUAUAUAUAAAGUAUUAUUCGAUCUGACCUUUUGGCUAAUUAUUACAACUAUCGGUUUGAAUAUUAUCUUUGGUAUUAUAGUUGACACAUUCUCUGAAUUGAGAGAUAAUAAAUGGCAAGUUGAAAAUGAUAUGAGAUCAUCGUGUUUUAUUUGUUCAAAGGCAAGUUACGACUUUGAACAUCACGGAGGGGGAUUUGAGGAACAUGUGAAAAAGGAGCAUAACCUUUGGGCUUAUUUAUUCUUCUUUAUACAUUUAGAUGAAACAAGAUGGAACGAUUAUACAUCAAUUGAAUUGCACGUUCACAAGAGUUUGGAGAGGGAAACAUACGAUUUUUUUCCAUUGAACAGAGCCUUAUCGCUUCGGUUGGACGAAGACUCGAAUGAAAUGAGAAUGGAAAGUAUGGCGGAACAGAUUUUUUACAUUGCUAGUAAAUUAAAAGAAGAAGAGGCUGAGAAGAUGAAGGCAAUGGAACGGAAACGAGACUUAGAAUGGGAACAGCAACAUAAGAGUAAUAAAAGAGUAUAGGUUGACAUUUCAGUUUUUUCUAUCUUAAAACUCUUAAAAUAUUUAACAAAAAUAUUGGUGCAUACUUGAAAUGUCACUCUUUAAGUUUGCUAUUAACGAAGAUAUUGUCCUCCAAAUAGUUUAAAAUAACUGUCGAGGACGUUAGAUGGCGCUGAUAAUUUAGUGACAAAGAUAUUUCUACAGACUAAUGCAAUAAGACUUGUACAAUACUCUCAAUCAAGUAAUGGAGCGAACUUUGCAUGCUUUACAUUCUAAAUUAUAAGUAUACGUGUAUAUUAAUAUAUGUGAUAUGUGGACAUUUUUUAUGAAUUUAACCCUUUUAUAUCUUGAAUAUUCGUAUCUUAAACAAAAAGUUUGCUCAAAUUUCUUUAAUUUAUUGAUAUUUAUAAUAAAGUAAAUUAUUUGUAGAUUCUAC